AUGGCUCCAAAAAAGAAUGGAAAUAUCGGCGAGGAAUCCGUUCCACUCGCGAGUCGGCCCUCUGCAUCCUCGAUCUCCCGGAGCUCGACAGAUUCACUUUCUUCAGACGGGUCUCUUCUUGCCGACGUUCCGAAUACCUUUUUACAGCAAAAGUCGAGGCGAAUGGCAGAGGAUGGUCCUUAUCGUGAUCUCGAAGACGCGGAGUUUGACCCUGCUGAUGGUCUCUUGCGAGGAACGAACAGGAAGGCGAAGAGCGGGAGGACACGUCGCAUUUUAUGGAUACUAGGAUUAUUGUGUAUAGGCGGCUGGCUGCUUGCCUUUUUCCUGUUUCUGGGACAACGAAAGUCGGGUGAUGCCGCUACCGCAUCGACCCCGGCGAUCCAUGAACCCGACUCGGCUACAGGCACCACAAGCUACGGAAAACCCAUCACCCUUGACCAGGUUCUGAAUGGCAAGUGGUACGCCAAGUCUCACUCUAUUUCCUGGAUUGCUGGUCCAAAUGGCGAAGACGGACUGCUGCUCGAACAAAAUGAGGGCAGUCGGAAGGGAUACCUUGUGGUUGACGACAUCCGCAGCCGAGGGGGAGGGACUGAGCAUGCCGAGAGUCGAGUCUUGAUAAAGUCAUCUACAAUGUUCCAUGAGAGCGAGCUCAUCGUGCCAAAGAAUGUUUGGCCGAGCCCGGAUUUCAAAACCGUGCUCAUUCUGUCUGAUUACGAAAAGAAUUGGCGACACUCAUUCAGUGGGAGAUACUGGCUCUUUGACGUUGCAACGCAAUCGCUCAAGCCUCUAGACCCAGAUGAUCCUGAUGGACGAAUUCAGCUGGCGUCCUGGUCGCCUAAGUCUGAUGCGGUAGUCUUCACCAGGAAGAAUAACAUGUAUCUACGAAAAUUAUCAUCCGACAAAGUGAUCCAGAUCACAAAGGACGGAGGAAAGGAAGUCUUCUACGGUGUCCCCGAUUGGGUUUACGAGGAAGAGGUCUUUGGGGGCAAUAGCGCGACAUGGUGGUCGGGUGAUGGCAAGUAUGUUGCCUUCUUGCGCACAGAUGAGUCUAUGGUUCCAGAGUAUCCGCUGCAAUAUUUCCUGUCCAGACCAUCCGGAACGGAACCGCCGCCGGGCUUGGAGGUCUAUCCAGAUGUUAGACGACUCAAAUAUCCCAAAGCGGGAGCUCCAAACCCGGUCGUGAAUUUGCAAUUCUACGAUGUCGACAACAAUGACGUAUUUUCGAUUGACGUCCCGCAAGACUUUGCGGACGACGAUCGACUCAUCAUUGAGGUCCUUUGGGCAUCCAAUGGGAAAGUGCUUGUGAGGGAAACUAACAGAGAGAGCGAUGUCUUGCGAGUCGUUCUCAUGGACGUGAAGACGAGGAGUGGCAGGGUCGUCAGAUCCGAGGAUAUCGCGAGUCUCGAUGGCGGGUGGGUUGAGCCAUCUCAGUCCACAAGAUUUGUUCCUGCCGAUCCAGCGAACGGACGUCCGGACGACGGCUAUAUCGAUACCGUGAUCCACGACGGAUACGACCAUCUGGCGUAUUUUACGCCCCUGGAUAGCAGCAAACCCAUUUUCCUCACAUCAGGUGAAUGGGAAGUGGUGGAUGCGCCGUCGGCUGUUGACCUCAAAAGAGGCAUAGUCUACUUUGUGGCUACGAAAGAAUCGCCGACCCAGCGUCACGUCUACAGCGUCAAGCUGGAUGGGUCUGAUCUCAAGCCAGUGACGAACACGUCGAAGAUUGGCUACUAUGAUGUUUCGUUCUCCCACGGAGCUGGGUAUGCGUUGCUCAGCUAUCAGGGUCCCUCGAUCCCUUGGCAAAAGGUUAUCAGCACGCCAAGCAAUGUUGAAAACGUUUACGAGCAAGUGAUCGAGGAAAACAAGGAACUCGCCAAAAUGGUCGAGGAGUUUGCUCUUCCGGCGGAGAUAUAUCAGAAUAUCACGAUCGAUGGUUACACGUUGCAGGUUGUUGAGCGCCGGCCGCCGCAUUUCAGUCCUGUAAAGAAAUAUCCGGUCCUUUUCCACCUCUAUGGUGGGCCGGGCUCGCAAACAGUGAAUCGCAAGUUCACUGUCGACUUCCAGUCCUAUGUUGCGUCGAACUUGGGCUACAUCGUGGUCACAGUGGAUGGCAGGGGAACAGGCUAUAUCGGGCGCAAGGCGCGAUGCGUUGUGCGUGGCAACCUUGGCUACUGGGAAGCCCAUGACCAGAUUGAGACGGCCAAAAUUUGGGCAAAGAAGCCGUAUGUGGAUGAGAGUCGAAUGGCGAUUUGGGGCUGGAGCUAUGGCGGGUUCAUGACGCUCAAGACCCUUGAGCAGGAUGCUGGCCAGACGUUCCAAUACGGCAUGGCUGUGGCACCUGUGACUGACUGGCGGUUUUACGACUCUAUCUAUACCGAGCGGUAUAUGCACACACCACAGCAUAACCCGUCUGGGUAUGCCAACGCGACGAUUUCCAACAUGACGGCGCUUCAGCAGAACGUGCGCUUUCUUUUCAUGCACGGCGUUGCGGACGACAACGUGCAUUUUCAGAACUCGCUCGCGCUGAUCGACAAGCUCGAUGAGGCGAAUGUCGAGAACUACGAUGUGCAUGUCUUUCCGGACUCGGAUCAUAGCAUUUACUUUCACAAUGCGCACAAGAUGGUUUACGACCGUCUUUCCAACUGGCUGGUCAACGCCUUCAACGGCGAAUGGCACCGGACCGGGAAUCCAGUGCCGGAGACGAGCGCACGCCGACGUUUGCGGCGGUUUCUAUCGAUGUUCAAAUAG